UGACUUGACACCCCCCUCAGAAUUUUACGCUGGAUAAACCAGUUCUGUUUGACAGUGUGUUAUUUUCGUUUUGGAAUCGACUUGCCUGUAACACUAUCCAAAUCGCAACUUUAAGAUGAAAAACCUCAAACGCUAUUAGGAAAAUAUCAUCAUACACUUGGUGGUUAUAUUGCCAAUAAUAUGGCUUUUAAGAAACAAUUAGUUCAGGAUGUGUCAUCGUACUUGGAUGGAGUGCCAGUUAAAAUUAGCGAAAGAUUUCGACCACCUAGAAAGGUAACCCUUCCAGUUGGUUUCAUGAGUCGACUAGAGGGAACUCUUGAAAGCACCUUACAAGACACAAGCUUUGAUUUUUCCCUUGCCAGAAGUGUGUCUAAAAACAGUGGCUAUCGAAAAUCGCAGAAGGAGAUUGUGCGUGAGGAGCGCAGGGCUCGAAUUACUCAGGCUGAGCAGGCUAUGCGUCAGCAACGAGAUAAAGAGUUGACGGAGCAACUUGAAAAGCUCAAUAUGAAGAUGGAAAAGGCUGAAAGUGAAAGUAAGGCCAAGGACUCAACCCCUCCACUGUCUCCUCCGGCAAUAAAUGGUUCUGAGGUUGCUCCUCAACCGCAAGUGGCUCCUCAACUCUCGUCUGCAAUUCUCACACCUAUGUUGCUAGCAGCACCGAAGAGUAAUUCUGAAAACAAGACGAUGACAAACUCUUUCAACUUCAAAGACUUUGAAAAUGACACGUCGAGUCCCUUUGACAACGUUGAACUGAAAACUAUCAAUGACCUCGAGGAAUUGGCGCAUGUUUUGCACUCAGAGGCCAAAACCGCACCAGCACCAGAAGCCAGACCCACCUAUAACUAUGACUCAAGAAACAACAAUUCUUAUGCCGAAUCUCAGCAGUACUAUUAUUCAAACCAAGCAUCUGCAGUGACUGCCGCCCCGGGCCAAUUUUUUUACCCAACACAGCCGCAAACAUGGCCAUAUCAACCUUCCUUCAACCCUGCUGCAGGAGCGAAAGAAAAUCACGUCUUUCCUUCAGCUGUCUACAGUCAAGCUAAUGAUGUUAGAUACCACUUUCCUUCGGUUCCUGCCCCGCAAGAAUCUGUACCCAGAACAUCCAAAAGUGUGCCCGAUAUCAUGGAGGAACUUCACAAGGAAGCUGCUUCUAGUCAGACCGCGGCUGUGCAAGUACCCAGAGUGGAGGCGUGUAGAGCAGACUCAUUUGCAUCCCACAGGCCCGCAAGUUUUGGCUCAGCUGGAUUGGAGAAUUGGAAGCCUUGGCCAGAUCUAGACAGUCCAGCUGAAACCCCAAGCGGAGAAAGCCCACCACCAACACAUCCUGUAGUGACUAGAGUAGCUUCAAAUUCUCUUGACCGGCUACCACCGAGUGCCCAAAAACUUGCCAGACAAAUCAGCGAAAUGGGCUUUCCUGUUGCUAAAGUCGUCAGAGCCUGUGAGAUCAUUGGUCAAGACCACAAGAAGGUUGUAGAUUUCUUGCUUCAAGUACAGGCCUUAGAGGAGAAAGGCUUCCCUGACACCAAGGUCGAGUAUGUGUUAGGCACCCUAAAAAUGGACGAGGAAAGGGCUCAGCAAUUUCUACCUUCGUUUGUUCAAUUAGUUGAUCUGGGAUUCAAUGAAGAAAAAGUGUCAGCAGCCCUCAUUCAGUCGGGCUGUGAUCGAGAUAAAGCUCUUGAUGCCCUCCUCUCCUAAGUCCCCCAUUACUUCCUCUGCUCUUUUUCACUCAACCUUAAGAAUGCUAGCAAGAAACAUGGUGCAUACUAUUUUUUUCUUGUGCCACACACACAUUCCUUCAAGUUAAGACUUAUUUCAAGCCAUUACACACCACACCAUUGCUUUCUGUACUUUAGAGUUACAAAAGGAAACGAGAUUUGCAUUGAACCACCUCGAUCUAUGCUUGCAAAUAAAAGCUGCGUGCGUGGCAGUUAAAUGAUGGUUAAGCAUUAAAGAAGUAUUUUUAAGAUAUCAUCAAUAUUGUAUUUUACUCCAAAAUGAAUCUGAUUUUACAGCUUGUCAUAAUGUUGCUAAUGCUUGCGGGAAAUAAAUUUUCAUAAUUAAUUUUUACCAGUG